CCCCCUAGCACCUGUUCAUUCUCUACUGAGCCACAUUCACCCUCCCUCAUAACUCACUCACCACCGUCCUCCUCUUUCCAGAUAUACACCCACACACAGACUCACUUCACUCACUCUCAGCCUCACUAACGCACUCACACUCAAGUUCCUCACUCUUGCUUCCUACACGCACACAUAGAGAAAUCGAAAGGGAGAAGAGAGAGCUCGCGAAACAGAGAGGGAUGGAACCGUGCCCUGCCGUCGACCCACGCCUCGCCCCCGCCGCUGUCCUUAUCGCCAAGGAAGAGGGACGCCGUCGACGCUAUUCAGGGAGGAAGGGAGAAUUACGCGAGAGCCAGUGGAAGAGGGAGCCUCUGCUGGGUCACCACCGUGCCUUCAUCAUUGCCGAACUGCCUUGUCGUUGUUGUUAGGGAUCGUCGUGAGAGGUGUCGCCAUCACCGACGUGCCCUAGUGCCGUCGAUAGAAGCCACAAUCGUCGCCUGAGAAGAACCCGAAGAGAGAGAGGGAGCCCGCAAAGAGGAACCCGAAGCAGGAACUUCCAUGUCGCGCCGUAGAUCUGUCACCGUGUUGCUGGGCUGUCGCCACCACCGAAGGUCCAUUGUCAUCGCCCUGAGUUGUUUCUACCAUCCAAGCCAUCAAUGAAGGGAGCCUUGCUACUGUGUGCUAAGUGGAAGAGGAGCCACUAUCGGAAGAAGAUGCCGCUGCUAUUGCUGAUCUGAUUUAAGGCUAUUGCUGCUGCUGCGGGUUGGAACGAAGUUGAAGUCACACUUAAUUUUGUGGUUUUCGACUAUCUAAGAAUUUCUGCAGAAAUCUGCAUAAUGUCGAGCUCGCCGUCACUGAAGGUAAGGUCAUUUUGGCAUAUUUUCAAAAGUUUUGAUCGCAUGUGGGGCUUCUUCAUUUUGUGCUUACAGGCAAUGAUUAUUGUUGCAUGGAAUGGAUCUGGGAAUCCAAGUGCAAUUUUUAAUGGUGAUGUCUUCAAGAAGGUGCUGAGUGUGUUUAUAACAGCAGUCAUAUUGAAACUUGGACAAGCUACUCUGGAUGUGAUUCUCAGUUGGAAAGAGAGAGAGGGAGAACUUGAAAAGAGAGAGCUCACCACCAUUUCUUCCUGUCCCCUUUCCCCUGUUCUGCUUCUACAUUCCCAGGUGUGUGGCACUUAUUAGAAGCUUCUCCAUGACCAUGAGAAAGGAGAUGAAUGAACAUGAUGAAGUUUGUAAUUUGUAGUUUACAUUUUGGAGAUUUAUAAUUCCUUGUUUUUCUUGUCCUAUAUAUCUAUCUAGUUCAUUAUGGUUCUUCAAUAUGUCUUGUUAGUUUGUACUUUAUAGUUUAUAUGUUGAAGAUUUAUAAAACAAUCUUAGUAAAUGAAAGAUA